GAGAGGUUGAUAAAUUUACUCGUUGGGGGUCAGUUUGACUUGGAAAUGAACUUUAUCAUCCAAGAAGGAGAGGGCAUCACCUGCAUGGUGGACUUGCUGGACAAGUGUGAUGUCACCUGCCAGGCUGAGGUGUGGAGUGUGUUCACAGCCAUCCUGAAGAAGAGCAUACGCAAUCUGCAGGCCUGCACAGAGGUGGGGCUGGUGGAACAAGUCCUCAGGAGGAUCGAUAAAGCUGACAGCAUGAUUGCAGAUCUCUUGGUGGAUAUGCUGGGUGUGCUGGCCAGCUACAACCUGACAGUUCGGGAGCUCAAGUUAUUCUUCAGCAAGCUUCAAGGAGAAAAAGGGAGAUGGCCACCACAUGCUGGGAAGUUACUGACUGUGUUAAAACACAUGCCUCAGAAAUAUGGACCUGAUGCCUUCUUCAACUUUCCAGGAAAAAGUGCUGCAGCUAUUGCCUUACCUCCUAUAGCCAAGUGGCCAUACCAGAAUGGAUUCACUUUCCACACUUGGCUAAGAAUGGAUCCUGUAAAUAAUAUCAAUGUGGAUAAGGAUAAGCCUUACCUGUAUUGUUUUCGAACAAACAAAGGACUUGGUUAUUCUGCCCACUUUGUUGGAGGCUGCUUGAUUGUAACGUCCAUAAAAUCAAAGGGAAAAGGUUUCCAGCAUUGUGUAAAAUUUGAUUUCAAGCCACAAAAGUGGUACAUGGUUACUAUAGUGCACAUCUACAACCGCUGGAAGAACAGCGAGCUGCGGUGUUAUGUCAACGGGGAGCUGGCCUCCUAUGGAGAGAUAACCUGGCUGGUCAACACCAGUGAUACAUUUGACAAAUGUUUCCUGGGCUCCUCAGAAACGGCGGAUGCCAACCGGGUGUUCUGUGGGCAGAUGACAGCCGUUUACCUUUUCAGUGAGGCUCUCAAUGCUGCUCAGAUAUUUGCCAUUUAUCAGCUUGGUCUGGGCUAUAAGGGAACAUUCAAAUUCAAGGCAGAAAGUGAUCUCUUCCUUGCUGAACAUCACAAGCUGUUGCUGUACGAUGGCAAAUUAUCCAGUGCUAUUGCUUUUAUGUACAAUCCAAGGGCUACAGAUGCCCAGCUGUGUCUAGAGUCAUCCCCCAAGGAGAACCCUUCCAUUUUUGUUCAUUCACCACAUGCCCUCAUGCUGCAGGAUGUGAAAGCAGUCUUAACACAUUCAAUCCAGAGUGCCCUGCACUCCAUUGGAGGGGUGCAGGUGCUUUUCCCUCUCUUUGCACAGUUAGACUACAGGCAAUACUCAUCCGACCACAUUGACACAACUGUUUGUUCUACUUUACUGGCUUUCAUCAUGGAGCUGCUGAAGAACUCCAUUGCUAUGCAAGAGCAGAUGCUUUCCUGCAAGGGCUUCCUUGUGAUAGGACAUAGCCUAGAAAAGUCUUCCAAAGCCCAUGUUACCCGAGCUGUGCUAGAACUCUGCCUUGCCUUUUCAAAAUACCUGAGCAACCUAACCAAUGGUGUGCCCUUGCUGAAGCAGCUGUGUGACCAUGUUCUCCUGAACCCUGCAAUAUGGAUUCACAUCCCAGCACAGGUUCAGCUGACCCUCUACACUUACCUCUCCACGGAGUUCCUCAGCAUGGUGACCAUCUACGGCGCCAUCCGGCGCGUGGGGACGGUGCUCCUGGUCAUGCACACCCUCAAGUACUACUACUGGGUAGUCAACCCCCAGGAUCGCAGUGGAAUCACUCCCAAGGGUGUAGAUGGGCCACGACCUACUCAGAAAGAGAUUUUAUCUCUGCGAGCGUUCUUGCUGAUGUUCAUUAAACAGCUAGUGAUGAAGGACUAUGGAAUAAAAGAAGAUGAAUUACAGGCUAUCCUCAAUUACCUGCUCACUAUACAUGAGGAUGACAAUCUAAUGGAUGUCUUGCAGUUGCUUGUUGCUCUGAUGUCAGAGCAUCCCAGUUCUAUGAUCCCUGCUUUUGAUCAGAGGAAUGGAUUACAGGUUGUCUACAAGCUUUUAGCCUCACAAAGUGAAGGCAUCAGAGUGCAAGCUCUGAAAGUGAUGGGAUAUUUCUUAAAGCAUCUUGCUCCAAAGAGGAAAGCUGAAGUCAUGCUUGGACAUGGAUUGUUCUCAUUGUUGGCUGAAAGGCUGAUGCUGCAGACAAGCUUAAUCACCAUGACCACAUACAAUGUCCUGUUUGAGAUUCUGACUGAACAGAUUUGCACUCAAGUGAUACAUAAACAGCAUCCUGACCCAGAUUCAACCGUGAAGAUACAAAAUCCUCAGAUUUUGAAAGUUAUUGCAGUCCUGCUACGUAAUUCUCCACCCUGCCCAGAAAGCCUGGAGGUCCGGCGAGCCUUUCUCUCAGACAUGAUUAAACUGUUUAAUAACAGCAGAGAAAACAGGAGGAGUUUGUUGCAGUGCUCUGUCUGGCAGGAGUGGAUGCUCUCCCUUUGCUGUUUUAAUCCCAAGACUUCUGAGGAACAGAAGAUAACCGAGAUGGUGUACACGAUAUUCCGGAUUUUGCUCUACCAUGCCAUCAAAUAUGAAUGGGGUGGCUGGCGUGUGUGGGUGGACACACUGUCAAUCACACACUCAAAGGUAACUUUUGAAAUGCACAAGGAGAGUCUUUCUCAAAUGUACAGGGAGUACCAAGGGAAAGGCAGUGAAGGGACUGGAAUAUGUUCUACAACUCCCAUCAGAACAAUCUCUGGAGUAAGCAAAGAAACUGAAACCAAGGGAAGGCAGCAGUGUUUGGAGUCAAAAGAAGAUGCCUCUGCUUCUUCCUCCAUUGUUGAUGAUGAUAUAGAGUCCAGCACUGAAAAGAGAGAGACAAAUACCUCACCAGAUGGUGACCAGCAAACUCAAUCAGUGUCUAAUCACAGGGAGGAGUUAGGGGAGGAAGACACAGAGACUCCAGAGGAUUUGAAAGCAGCGCCUGGUGCCCAAUGCUCUCCAGAGCCAGGAAAGCCCAGUGUUUCAGAAAUUAGUACUGGACUAGCUGAAGCAAUUGAGGAUUCUCUGAGCAAAGCUGAUGAGCUUGUGGAAGAAACAGUAGCUGAUGGUGCUGCUCCUUUAGCAGUGCAAACUGCUUUGGAAGGAGAAACUCUUGAAAGUCCAGAAAGACUGGAAAAAUCCUCGUUAGAGGUGGAGGAUGAAGAUGACUUUGUUGAUCUGAAAGAGGAAAGCAGUAUACCUUUCCCUUCAGGAGAGUCUGCAGAAACAAACAAGAAACAUAACUCUAGUGAGAGUGAAGUGGCACAGCAGGAAGGAUCAGCAGAGGAGCAACCAGAAUCUGUGCUUUUAAAAUCCAAAGAUACUGAAGGUGUGGAUGGGAACAAAGAGGAGCCGGUUUCUCUACCACAAACAGUGAGUUCUGCAGUUCAAGAAGUAGUGGCUCAAGAAGAAGGGAAGAAGGAGCUGGAGGAAGAAAAGAUGGUUCCUAGUGAGACCAAAGCAGCUGAAGAAAAUGCAAAGGCACUCUGUGUGCCAGAGCCUCCUGGAGCCUCUGACAGGAGAAUCGCCAGGCUUGAUGUCUCUAGUGUUGCAUCGGAUACAGAAAGACUGGAGCUGAAAGCUAACACAUGUCUAGAAGCACCUCUGCCCCCCAGAUCCAUUCCUGAGACGUCCAGGCAGCAAGAUUCUUCAGGACAAGGAGUAGCUGCACCAUCAGACGGGCAGAGAAGAGACUCUAGGUCGACUGUGUUCCGCAUUCCCGAGUUCAAGUGGUCAGCGAUGCACCAGCGCUUGCUCACUGACUUACUCUUCUCCAUAGAAACAGACAUACAGAUGUGGAGAAGCCAUUCUACAAAGACUGUGAUGGACUUUGUGAACAGCAGUGACAAUGUUGUGUUUGUGCACAACACGGUGCACCUCAUCUCUCAGGUGAUGGACAACAUGAUCAUGGCCUGUGGUGGGAUAUUGCCUCUGCUCUCUGCUGCCACUUCAGCUACGCAUGAAUUGGAGAAUAUUGAGCCAACCCAAGGACUUUCAAUAGAAGCAUCUUUAACAUUUAUCCAGAGACUAAUCAACCUUGUGGAUGUGCUCAUUUUUGCAAGCUCUCUUGGUUUCACUGAAAUUGAGUCAGAGAAAAAUAUGUCAUCUGGAGGAAUUCUACGUCAGUGUCUGCGUCUGGUAUGUGCAGUGGCAGUAAGGAAUUGCUUGGAGUGUCAGCAGCAUGCACAGAUGAAACCUAUUGGAGAUGUGAAGAACCAGAAAACAGUGCAGGGCUUUGCAGGAGCAGGAAAGUCUGCAGCAAAGAGUCCAGUGGACAUGGUGACUGGUGGCAUUUCUCCAAUACGAGACCAUGACAGACUCCUGCAGGACAUGGACAUCAACCGACUGCGAGCAGUGGUGUUCAGGGAUAUAGAGGAUAGUAAACAGGCUCAGUUUUUGGCUUUGGCAGUUGUGUAUUUUGUUUCUGUGCUCAUGGUUUCAAAGUACAGAGAUAUACUGGAACCCCAGAAUGAGCGACGCCCACCAGACCAUAGCCAGUCAUUCAAGGGCUCAGAGAAUGAAAACAGUGAAACUCCUGCUACAGAUGUGGAAAAACCUGCUGCUCUGGGUGCUUCACCCUCCACUGAAGAUUCAGAAAGUACAGUGUCUGUACAAAGAAGGGAUUCUGGUCUUGGGGAGGAACCAGCCUCAGGACAAACAGCCAGUUCUGGAAGUGUUGCUGAAGCCAGAGCUCUGGAUGUCAGUGCAGGUCCAGAUGCAGUCAGUGAAGUGCUGUGUACGCUCUCUCUAGAAGUAAAUAAGUCUCAGGAGGAGAGAAGUGAGACAGGCAUUGAGGACAGUAAACCUGCAGCUGCAGUGCCAGCUGCAAAAAAUGUCAAUGUGAAGGACAUCCUCAGGAGCUUGGUCAGCAUGCCAGCUGAUGGGACUGCAGUGGAUGCUGCUCUGCUGCCACCAGCCUUCCUUGGAGUUCUGGGUGAUGGAGCUGCUGAGCAGUCUGUACCAUUCCAUUCCUUUGACAGGAGUGUCAUCGUACCACCGAAGAAAUCAACCCCUUCAUCUUCUGCAGCUGCUCUGGGUGUCCCCACAAAUGCUGUCAGUGUGGUUUCUGCUUUAGAUGCAGCCCAAGCCCCAGAUGUGUCAGGAGACUCUCCUGGAAAGGGAUCAUCCAAUUCCAAACUGCCAUCUGUCCCUACAGUUUCUUCAGUGCCUGGAGAUUCUGCUUCAAAUAUGAGUAUUACAGACAGGCUUGAACAUGCCUUGGAAAAAGCUGCCCCACUCCUGAGAGAGAUUUUUGUGGAUUUUGCUCCCUUUCUUUCUCGGACUCUUUUGGGCAGCCAUGGUCAGGAGUUGCUGAUAGAAGGUACAAGUCUUGUGUGCAUGAAAUCCAGCAGUUCAGUGGUGGAGCUGGUGAUGCUGCUCUGCUCUCAG